GGGGCUCUAUCCUCCACAAUGGUACAUAAAGUCAAGCGCUUUAUCGCGCUCUCCUCCGACAAUGCGGUCGACUUCCUAGUCCUAGCUCAGCGUCCGAAUUUCAUAUGUGCAAGCCACUCAUUCGACAACGGUUCCACAAAUAUAAAACCUUAGAAAGUCCCUCGAAAACGGCCAAUGCUUUGAGGGCUGGGUACGAGGCUCUCGACCUACUAUACUCCGCUUCCCAGGGCGACCAUAAGGCGACCAGUCAUAUCACAAACCUCCUCUCAGAAACCGAAUUUGCGAGACAAAAGCAGGUUGAAGUACAACGCGCCCGAUCGGCAAGAGUUCCCGUGAAGCCGCUAUCCAAAAAGGAACAGAAGCGAAAGGAUGCCAAGGAGCAUGAAAAACGGACUCUCACUCGGCAUCCGCAAGCCACCUCUAUCCUGUCCCGACCUCGACCUAUCGUGAAAGGCAAGCGCCGAAUUCCGGUCCUAGUCAACGCGCGCGGUAUCCCAUUCCUGCGGAUCAAAAAGCCACAGCCGAAAUUCUUAAGCGAUGUUAUACGAUCGAGACUGGAGAAUCGCUGGAAACGAAUCAGACGCCGUGAAAGAUUGCAUGCUGAACUAGAUAUGGCCAAGGUUGAAGACCACUGGGAUUCGUUGACCACGGGCGUAGAACGUGCGUCAUGGGGGCAUGAAAUAAAGGCUUCUUUGACGGACGUGAAUGAGAAGAUUUAUGAAACUGAUGCAAGAGCCAAAUCGCUCGCACGAGCCAUGUGGGAAGUUGUGCUUGCUGAGCGCGAGAAAGCAGCAGAAGAGCAGAAACAUCAGUCGGCGGGAAAGUGACGGUUUCACAAGAAUGAUUCCCGUCUUUUCUCGUUCACGAUGAUCAACGAACCGCCCGUCGAGCGUGGUCUCUACCCGAACUAGUUUGGGUACUGUUGGAGGAAUAUGCCAUACAAGUUAGCAUGAUAUAGAACGCAGUGGAUACUCCCCCGGGAUAUUCAAGGCCUCGCCACGCCUUGAACAUCCGUUGCAUCAGUCCAAGCUGCGCCUCAAGAGUGUGGCUUUGGACACGAGGACGCGAGAUUCUACGGACGCCCAAAGAUUCGUCAUUGG